AUGGACAGGCCUAAUGAGACCUCCCACGUGAUGGGGUUCAUUCUCCUAGGACUCUCUGCCCACCCGAAGUUGGAGAAAACCUUCUUCGUGCUCAUCCUGCUGAUGUACCUGGUGAUCCUGCUGGGCAAUGGAGUCCUCAUCCUGGUGACCUUCCUUGGCUCCCCCCUGCACACGCCCAUGUACUUCUUCCUGGGGAAUCUCUCCUUCCUGGACAUCUGCUACACAACCUCCUCAGUCCCCCUCAUUCUUGACAGCUUCCUGACCCCCAGGAAAACUAUCUCUUUCUCAGCUUGCUUUGGGCAGAUGUUUCUCUCCUUUGCCAUGGGAGCCACAGAGUGUGUGCUCUUGAGCAUGAUGGCGUUUGAUCGCUACGUGGCCAUCUGUAACCCCCUUAGGUACCCUGUGGUCAUGAGCAAGGCUGCCUACGUGCCCAUGGCUGCCGGCUCCUGGGCGGCUGGUAUCACCAACUCUAUAGUACAGACAUUCCAGGCAAUGAGACUGCCCUUCUGUGGGGACAACGUCAUCAACCACUUCACCUGCGAGAUUCUAGCUGUCCUGAAGUUGGCCUGCGCUGACAUCUCUAUCAACAUCAUCAGCAUGGUUGUGGCCAACAUGAUCUUCCUUGUAAUCCCAGUCCUAUUCAUCUUUGUCUCCUACGUCUUCAUCAUCGCCACCAUCCUGAGGAUCCCCUCAGCUGAGGGGAGGAAAAAGGCCUUCUCCACCUGCUCUGCCCACCUCACAGUGGUGGUCGUCUUCUACGGGACCAUCUUCUUCAUGUAUGGGAAACCCAAGUCUAAGGACCCCCUGGGGGCAGACAAGCAGGACCUUGCAGACAAGCUCAUCUCCCUCUUCUAUGGGGUGGUGACCCCCAUGCUGAACCCCAUCAUCUACAGCCUGAGGAACAAGGACGUUAAAGCUGCCGUGAGGAACCAGUGGCUCAGAACAGCCGAGUGA